GCAAUAUCCACCACCUUUGCUCCCUUUGUUCCUCUCUAUUUGGAGCUUUCCUCUCUCUUUUCUUUUCCUUUUGCUCAUAUUAUAUUUUGGUGGGGUGUGCUGCAUUCAGCUCUAAAAUGCUGCCAAGAAGCCGAACUCUUCCAACAAGGAUCCACGAGAGUGUUUUGGAUGAGAAUCGUGAUGUAAGGGCGUAUCUUCAAGUGGAGACCCAACCCAAACCCCUCAAGGACAUUGAAGCCACCAGUGCUCGGCCAGAAUAUUCCAAGUUGUUUGAUGAUGAUGGCCGUCUCAAGAGAACUGGUACCGUUUGGACUGCAUCUUCACACAUUAUCACAGCCGUUAUAGGCUCAGGAGUCUUAUCACUUGCAUGGGCCAUUGGGCAGCUAGGCUGGAUCGCAGGACCUGCUGUCAUGAUCCUUUUCGCAUUUGUGAUCUACUACACCUCCAAUCUUCUCUCCGAUUGUUAUAGAAUUGGUGAUCCAGUCACUGGUAAGAGAAACUAUACAUACAUGGAUGCCGUCGGAGCCAACUUAGGGGGAGCAAAGGUUAAAAUUUGUGGAGCUAUUCAAUAUGUGAACCUUUUCGGUGUGGCCAUUGGGUACACUAUUGCAGCUUCAAUAAGUAUGACGGCAAUAAAGAGGUCCAAUUGCUUCCAUGCUAGUGGGGGGAAGGAUCCAUGUCACAUAUCAAGUAACAUGUACAUGAUCAUCUUUGGUAUCAUGGAGGUGAUAUUCUCUCAGAUUCCGGACUUCGAUCAAAUUUGGUGGCUCUCCAUUGUGGCUGCAGUCAUGUCCUUCACCUAUUCCACUGUCGGGCUUAGUUUAGGCAUUGGUAAAGUUGCAGAGAAUGGAAGGUUCCGUGGUAGUCUAAUGGGUAUCAGCAUUGGGACGGUGACCAAAGCGGGAACUGUAACUCCCACCCAAAAGGUGUGGAGAAACCUGCAAGCACUUGGAGAUAUUGCCUUUGCUUACUCCUACUCUAUCAUCCUCAUCGAAAUCCAGGAUACACUUAAAUCACCACCAGCCGAGAACAAAACAAUGAGGAAAGCCACCCUCCUGAGCAUCGCCGUCACCACCCUAUUCUAUCUCCUAUGUGGGUGCAUGGGCUAUGCUGCCUUCGGAGAUGAUGCACCUGGCAAUCUGCUUACUGGUUUUGGAUUCUACAACCCCUAUUGGCUUCUUGAUAUUGCUAACCUCGCAAUUGUUGUCCACCUUGUUGGAGCUUAUCAGGUGUAUUGCCAGCCUCUGUUCGCCUUCGUGGAGAAGUGGAGCGCACAGCGAUGGCCCAAGAGCGAGUUCGUCAGCCGCGAGUAUGAGGCCCGCAUCCCCGUCAUGGAAACCACCUACAAGCUCAAUCUCUUCCGGGUGAUCUGGCGGACGAUCUUUGUGGUGGUGACCACCACCAUCUCCAUGCUCAUGCCUUUCUUCAACGACGUCGUCGGCAUCCUCGGCGCCUUGGGCUUCUGGCCCCUCACCGUCUACUUCCCCGUCGAGAUGUACAUCGCGCAGAAGAAAAUCCGGCGAUGGAGUGCGCCGUGGGUGGGCCUCCGCCUGCUCAGCUUCACGUGCUUGGUGGUGUCCGUCGCCGCCGCCUGUGGGUCGGUGGCCGGUGUCGUCCUUGACCUCAAGUCCUACCGGCCUUUCAAGGCCACCUACUGAUCAUUAGUCGGCCGCCAAGUCUGGAUCGGUCCAGGAUCGCUUUCCUUGCCACGCGUUUGAAGCAUAUGACGUAAUGUUUACUCAGAUGUCUUUUGUAAUAUCCGCCAAUAUGUGAGAAUAAGAAACAUCUAUUCUCAGACUGUA